AUGGCCUCAAUUCUGCCAUUACUGAAGAGGUUUGGCAUUAGUUUCGUAUACGUGACAGCAUUUGGAUUGAUAAUCAAUGCCUUCCUUUGGAUGGUAUUUAUGAUAACAUCAAUGCUUUAUUACAAGACAUCAAAGCAAACAAUCAGUCUUCAAGUGUUCAUUAAUAAAAGUGAACAAAAAGAGUUGAAGAAGAAUGGCAUCCAUUUGUCCGGAGAUAGUAUUGGCGGCGGAUAUUAUGGGACCGUAUAUAAGGGUUACCGCAAGUCUGAGACCACAAGCAAACUCCAGGCGAUGGCUAUUAAAGUGAUUGACGUUCAAAAGUAUCACAAGAUUUUGAUGCAAAUCAAUGAAAUUGAUUACAAGAGUUUGUCGGAUGUGUUCAACAAAUCUGUGGUCACUUUAGAGAAGAUUCAAAACAACAAAAUACCGAAAAUCGAGAAGUUAUUGAAGAUAUCGGCCAAAGAUAAUGAGAUAAAGAAACUGAUAAUCGUAUCAGUGAUGGCAGACAUGAAUUUAAAUGACUUUAUUUCGCAACAAAAACCGGACGGUUUGGAUGAGGACUGGACUCGGCUUUGGUUUACCGAUAUUUGCGAAGCCGUCCACUGUCUGCACAAUGUCUACAAAAUCGCUCACAAAAACAUUAAACCAGAAAACAUACUCCUCUAUACCGGAGAUCAGACAACGAAUACAAAGACAUCAUAUGUGGUAAGACUGGCCGACUCUGGAAUCGCCUCUUUAUUCCCAAAUUCAGCCAAAGUUUACUCCAAAACGGAUCCAAUUUGUGUGAUGUCUUCGUUGGAGUCGUUCUCUACUAAACCGAUGGCUAAAGAUAUCUAUAGUUUGGGAAUAAUUUUAUUGGUGUUAUUGAGAGGAGAUUUAAGCAAAUUUGUGUUAAACAACAAACCUCUCGCUAUUUUCGCUAAUAUUUUCUAUAAAUUUAUUGAAGACAUUGAAAGCCAGUCAUUGAAGGAGUUGUUGGAGUCGAUGACUAGUAGUGCCCCGAAUGCCAGGCCUAACAUCCAUACUGUUCUCAAACACAAAUGGCUUCAAAAUAUUUCUUAA